CAUUGCUUAUCAAGUGACCAGUCCUUAUUAGUUAUAUGUUCGUGGUCAUAAUAAAUAAUACUAUUCAUAAUGAUAACAACGUUCUGUUCUUGACGCAUGGUUUGAAUAAGUUCCAAUGAACCGGUAGAUCGUGAUUAGAGUUAAAUUAUAAUUUAUACAUAGUGUACACUUAUGUUUAUUGUAUUAUUCGAUUAAAAAUGAAUAAUCCAAUAAUUAUGAAUAAGUAUUCCAUUGAAAGGACUUUAGGCAACGAGGUUAAACCUUAUAACUAUGAUGAAUUUGUAAAAAAUUUCAAGGUAAACAUAAUCAAUCUUUCAGAAACUGAUAUGGAGUUUGAUCUCAUAGGUGUUGAUGUAGCUUUAGCUAAUAGUUUAAGAAGAGUUAUCAUAUCUGAGGUGCCCAGUAUGGCAAUUGAAAAAGUUCAUAUAUAUCAGAAUACUUCUUAUGUGCUUGAUGAAAUACUUGCUCAUAGAUUGGGCUUAAUUCCAUUAAAAGCCGAUCCUAGACAGUUUAAAAUGAAAGAAGAUGAAAAUUCUGAACCUAAUGAACAUGACAGUCUAGUUUAUGACAUGAAAAUUAAAUGUACAAAAAAAGAUUUAGACGCAUUAGCACAUAAACAAUAUAUAAGUUUUCCAGGUAUGAUUUUGUUUUUAAGUAAUAUUUUAAUUUAUAUUAAUGAUGAACAACUUACAUUCAUAGUUUACUCAAAACAUAUAAAAUGGUCUCCUUUGGGUAAUCAAAAAGAUAUUUUUACGGAAAAAAGUGUUGGCAUGAUCAAUGAUGAUAUUCUAAUUGCCAAAUUAAGACCAGGACAAGAAAUUGAGCUUAAAAUGUAUGCAGUCAAAGGAAUACCAAAAGACCAUGCCAAAUUUCAAAGUGUUUGCACAGCUUGGUACAGAAUGAUGCCAAAUAUUAAAUUACUUGAUGACAUAAAAGGAAAUGAUGCAUUAUUACUACAAUCAUGCUUUCCUAAAGGUGUUAUUGGAUUGAAAUCUUAUAAAGGAGUUCUUGUUGCACAUGUUGAAGAUUGUCGAAAAGAGAACAGUUCUAGAAACGUUUUUCGAUAUAAACAAUUUGACAAUAAAAUUUUACUAUCCAAAAUUCCUGAUCAUUUUAUAUUUACAAUUGAAUCAAUUGGAGCAAUGGAACCAAGUUCAAUUUUUUUCGAAGCUAUUAACAUAAUAAUUAAAAAAGUGAAUAAUGCUUUAGAAAUUGCUCUAAAUCAAACUGAAGUUUAACAUUAUAAUUGUAAUUUUUAUGU